UUACGGUAAAAUGGAGGCGGGAUUAAACUUUAACCAGGAAGUUUACAACAGCGCUCCGUGUUUACACAUGUUUGCACGUUCACGUGGAGAAAAAAAGUCACUAUAAACAUGUCUUCAAAGAAAAAUAAAAGUAAAUCGAAGAAGGCGAGUGAAGGGGAUAGUUCACUCUUACUGAAGGAGGACUCCAGUCUGCAGACAUCCAGCCACGAAGGAGGAAGCUGCAAACGAUUAAACAAUUCAUUCACUGUCAUGGAUUUCAUUGACAAAGCUGACGACAAAACACCCAAAAGUUGCAGAUCAACUUUAGCCCAACUGAGCCUCAAUUCAAUGAAGUCAGCCAGCGUUUGCAUCGGGAGACCGGUCCUGCUGACGAGUACCACAGGACGGCAAGAGGUGUGUUUAGGAUGGCCGGUUGGCUCCUUUCCUGGUGGAAAAGUUGGUCUUCAGAAAGGUGCUCAGAAUAACCUCAGAGUGAAGUCAGGGGACGAGGUGAUGCUGCAUCCAAUAACAGGUCCCGUGCUUCAGGCUGAGGAGGUGCUGCUCACUAACAGGUCAAAAGAUGACACACUGGAGACAGAUGAGUUCAAGAACUUCUUUCUGAGGUCUCUGGUUGGGAACAUCAUUUUGCCAGGAAACGUCAUCUCCCUGACUUACUUUGGCCGGUCCUGCAGUCUCCGGGUCGAGACCAUAAAAGGGGAGGAUGGUGGAAUCCUCCACAGACCAGCUCCCGUUCCAGGACUGGGCCCUGACACGGAGGAGUCCUCUGUGGUGAACUCUGUGCUGGACUCCACGUCAGUUGACCUCUCCCUGCAGCUCAGCUUGCUCACUGUGGAUGACAACAAUGCCGAUGGGGCACCAAGCACUCCUGGAGAGCCAGGACCUGCAGCCAGCACCCCACGACGACCAGCCAACCUGCCUUCCCUCUCCUCACCACCUAGCCCCUGCACCCCUUCCUACAACUCCCAGAAUCCUCCUAUUGGGUCAGAGGAAGAUGUUGUCAGUCCAGAGCCCUCACUUAGCUCAGAGCAGGCAGAGAAACCCCCCACAGCUCCCCCUGGUGGUGCUCUGAGUACUGACACCUUCUACUGCCUCUCCUGCUCCACUAAAGUCAGUUUCAGAGACAGAGCAGGACAAGAGGAUUCAGACACAGAGGCUAAACGGUCAAAGGUCACAUACAGCAUGAUUGGUGGGCUCAGCAGCCAUUUGGAUGUCAUCAGAGAGACAAUUGAACUCCCUCUGAAACACCCUGAGUUGUUUUCCAAGUACGGGAUCCCACCUCCCCGAGGAGUCCUUCUGUACGGUCCCCCGGGCACAGGAAAGACUAUGAUUGGACGAGCCAUAGCCAAUGAGGUUGGAGCUCACAUGACCGUGAUCAACGGCCCAGAGAUUAUGAGCAAAUUUUAUGGUGAAACAGAAGCAAGGCUGAGGCAGAUCUUCACUGAAGCGUCUCAGAGAAAACCUGCAAUCAUCUUUAUUGAUGAGCUGGAUGCUUUGUGCCCAAAGCGAGAAGGAGCGCAGAAUGAGGUGGAGAAACGAGUUGUUGCUUCUCUCCUGACUCUGAUGGAUGGGAUUGGAUCAGAGGGUCACUCGGGUCAGCUCUUGGUCCUGGGGGCCACAAACCGGCCCCAUGCCCUCGACCCUGCCUUGCGCCGACCAGGACGCUUUGACAAGGAGCUGGAGGUGGGAGUUCCUGGUGCUGCCGAGCGUGCAGAUAUUUUGCAGAAGCAGCUGAGUUUUGUACCAUGUAGUGCCACCGCGGAGGAGCUGAGGCAGCUGGCCGAUGCUGCUCACGGUUACGUAGGAGCUGACCUUGCAGCUGUUUGCAAAGAAGCAGGUUUGCAUGCACUGAAGCGGGCACUUGGAGGUUCCCACCAGCCAUCAGACCAGCAGCUGAUUGGGACGGUGACCGUCACUCGGCAAGACCUCCAGUGGGCCAUGUCUGUUGUGAAACCAAGCGCCAUGAGGGAGGUCGCUAUCGAUGUCCCCAAGGUCCACUGGUCAGACAUCGGCGGGAUGGAGGAGGUGAAGCUGAAACUGAAGCAGGCUGUGGAGUGGCCUCUGAGGCACCCUGAGGCCUUCACCCGCAUGGGGAUCCAGCCACCUAAAGGAGUCCUACUUUAUGGACCCCCAGGCUGCUCCAAGACCAUGAUAGCCAAGGCACUGGCUAAUGAAAGUGGACUGAACUUCCUGGCUAUUAAAGGUCCUGAAUUACUGAGCAAGUAUGUCGGCGAGUCCGAAAGAGCCGUCAGAGAGGUGUUUCGGAAGGCAAGGGCCGUCGCUCCCUCCAUCGUCUUCUUUGAUGAGAUUGACGCGCUUGCCAGUGAAAGAGGAAGCUCCUCGGGCUCCAGCGGUGUAGGCGACCGCGUCCUGGCUCAGCUCCUGACAGAGAUGGACGGCAUCGAGCAACUCCGAGACGUCACUGUGCUGGCCGCCACCAACCGGCCCGACAUGAUCGAUAAGGCUCUGAUGCGUCCAGGUCGCCUCGACCGAAUCGUGUUUGUGCCUCUUCCAGAUCCUCCAACCCGCCGAGAGAUAUUUUCUCUCCAGUUCCGAAAUAUGCCUGUUGCCCAAAAUGUGUCCCUUGACGACUUAGUGACUCAGACCGACAAGUAUUCUGGAGCAGAGAUAACAGCAGUAUGCAGAGAGGCUGCCCUCCUGGCCCUACAAGAGGACAUCAAAGCCCAGCAGGUCGAGGCCAGACACUUUGAAAGUGCCUUGAACACUGUGAAGCCCCGGAUCCCGGACUCUCUCAUCCAGUCGUAUAUCAGCUAUCAGCAGCAGCACAGCGGCCUGUGCUUCUUCUGACCAUGAAGGAACUUUUUUUAUUAUUCUAUCAUUAUUUUUAAAAAACCAAAAGGUUUUCAUCCGUCUGCUGGACGAGUUACAAACAUAUGAUGAAACACUGACAUAACCACCAGCUGAAACUUAAAUGUUGAUUACUCUUUUGGAGCUGCUAUGCCAAGUUAUGCAGCUGUUGUUCCAGUUUCUGUCCUACGAUUCCUCGAAAAACAAAUAUGGGACCGGUUUGUUACUGGUAGCCAUCAUGACAAACAGUUUCCCUGAAAUGCUUUCAUUUCAAAGAACACUGUGCACACACACAUGUAUGUUGACAGCCCAGCAGGACGGUAUAUUGUCUGUGUCAUGUUUGAACGUAAUAAAAUAUUAAU